GUAUCCUUGUGGUUCACCAGCUAUUAUAUGGUCAUCAAGUCCAUUUAUUUAUCAUAAACCAUGUGAAAAUCUUAAUAAUUCUGAUUCAUUUUCACUGAAUAAAGGGAAAGGAAGUAAAGCAAAUAAAACUAGAGAAUAUCUUCACAGUUCAUCUGCACCUUUACAAAAAUCAUUUACUGAUAUUACGACUACUACUAAUACUAAUACUACAACUAAUAUUAGUAGUAGUGUAUCGAUGUCAAGAAUUCAGAAUGUUGGAAAUCGAUCAGGAUUUUAUUUAUCUAUUUUUGAUAUUCCUUGCGAGUCAUCGUAUAAAACAGAAAAGAAUAUGGACGUUGGUAAAACCGAUAAUAAAUAUAACUUACACUCUUCUAAAUUAUCAACAACAGGUAGCGAGUUGUUGAAAAACAACGGAAAAGAUAAUAGUUUCAACACAGAAUUAUUCCAGAAGUCUAGAAAUACUGCUAGAAGACUAGAAUCUGUUAGAGAAAAUGUAUCUAGUAGUUGUAGUAUAAAUAGUGGCAGUAAUCUUUCGGAAUUAUAUCGUGAACAAACGAAAUCCGAUGUGAGUCUACAAAAUGAAGAUUUGGUCGAUAGAAAGUUUAACAUUGGUCCUUUGGUUGCACAUUUUACACCAUCAGGAAAUGGUGUUAUUUAUUAUCCGCAUAAUAUUGAUAGUGGGGAGACCAUAACAGAUAAUAGCAUUGAUCAUAUAAAUAACCCUCAACCAGCUAAUAUUCAUGCUAUCUUCACGAAAGAAUAUUGUUAUGUGUUUAAGAAUUCUAAUGGAGAAUUAGAAUAUGAAUUUCCAUGUUUCACAGAAAAAAACCUACAAGAUCCAACAAUAAGAUAUCCAAUUUCUUUGGAUAUAAAUUUUAACCACUACAUUAGAUUAGUUCGUACAAACUCACAUGAUUUAACAAUAAUAUUUAAAACUGAACAGGAUGUAUUACUGACUAUUGAUUGUUUUCAAAAUCUAUACUCCAACGAUAAUGAAGAAUGUGAUGCUAAUGAUCACGUAAUGAAUUCUCAAGAUGAAUCGAAACAACUAAAACAG